UAGAGAACAUCCCGACUUGACCCCGCACCACCUACGAGAGCCGUUUCUCCCCUUUUGAUAAUACUUUCUUACUCGCUUGACGUGGCGUGUCUCUGAAGAAAUCUGUCGCGCCACUUUUCUUUCUCAGUAGUUCCCUAGACACUGCUCAGAGAAGUUACAGUACUCCGCAUACUCCAGGACCGUCGCUGUUUAUCUCACUGCUCAGGCGUCGUUAAGAAAGCCGCGAUUGAUGCAAAUGAGCACUCGCGCUACAAGCACUCGCGCGACGGGCAAAGCGCAAGAAAUUUCCUGGCUUCUCCGUCCCUAACCAUUUAUUUUUCUUCUGCUUACUGUUAUUUCUAGCUUUCGAUUUCAUUCCGGGCGAGAUAAAAUACCUGGCCGAGAGCCAGGAGCGGCAGCAGCCGACAACAACCGGAGAAGAAAAAAUUCACUCUACGAAAGCCUCGGUCAGCGGGGGCCUCCCUUUCUCCGCCCUGUUUCGUAUUAUCCGCUCGCUCCCGCGCCGCGGACUAUGUUCGAGCGCGGAACAUCUGUAUCCCUCCGCUUAGCGGAACAGCGGUACUUUUCUUUCUCUCCUCUCGCUCAUCCUCUUUCGCUGCCGCGAUCCUUUUGCUUCUUCUCCUGCUUCUUUUCUCUCUCAUCUAUUGCUAUUCAUUGAGGCGCCGUUUUCUUCGUUUAUUUUCUAACGGGCGCGUGCGCUCCGCUCUUUCUCUCUUUUUCCUUUUUUUUUUCUCCUUUCUCGCUCACCUGCGCUACGUCACGCCUGACCCGUACCGCGCCGCGUGAGCUGAUUCGCCCGCCGUGCGCCGACGUCAGUGCGCGCGCAUGCGCAACGCCUCUCCUCUCCCAGCUUUGGCUGCGCGCCUUGGCAGACGACGCGCGGCUGUGCGGUGCGUGAACGAGCUGCACCGGCGGCGGCCUUCGAAAGAGUUUUUUUGCCACGAAGGGCGUCGAGAGAAAAGAAGAGCCGUCGUAGUGAUUGUGGCGUGUUUUUAUCGAGCUGUGACACUGUUUUAUUCCUCUCCUUUAAUGAAGUCGAGCGGCAGCAAUCACUUUCCUGGGCAGCCCGACGAGUGAGUCAGUGUUGUUACCCUGUGAAGUGCCUUGGCCGCGCCGUCUUCGUGCGUGGAUUUGACCGAGUGUGCAGUGGAUUCGCGGUGUUUUCGCCACCAGCAAAAUCCGCCGCGCCUCCACGCCUUCUGACUUGCCGUCGUCGUCGCCAGGAUAGCCGAGAUCGCGGCGUUGAUAAGCGCGCCGGCGCGUCGACGACGUUCGCUUCGCGACGAGCACGCACCGCAAAACCCAACACCACCGUCCUCUUCGACGACGACGCCCGCCGUGUACAACAGCAGCAACAAACACGCUUUUACAAACCAUUUUUUUUCCUCGUCUUGACAGUGUCGCGAGAAGUUGAUAUCUGCGAAUUGUGAGUCGGGGCCUUCGAUUUCCAAUCCAAAUUUGCCUCCGUCUUCGUGAUCCUCCCGCAGAGAAGUGCGGGAGCAAGAAAAGAGUUACGCUUCUUCUGGGCCUCUCGCCACGUACCUUGGGUGUCUUCUUCAUCUCCGACCGGCUUUUUGUCAUCCGCUCCUCGACGUCACCAUCGCCCAUGGGAUUCGGGCGGGAGGAUUGUCACCAGCGCAUGCCCGGCCCUCGUUGACUCCGGAGACAGCGCUCGUCCGUCAAUCACAUCGCACUCUCUCCCUGCGAGCGCAGCUUUCCCGCAACGCACGGACUCUCGACAACCGUGGCCGAGUGAGAGGGGGCUGUGCAUGACUUCUCCCUGAGGAGACCAACUACUAUUCACAACGUGCCCCGAAACCAAAGCCAUGGGGAGGAAAAAAAUACAGAUAUCCAGGAUCACGGACGAGAGGAACCGGCAGGUGACGUUUACGAAGCGCAAGUUUGGCCUGAUGAAGAAGGCCUAUGAGCUGAGUGUGCUCUGUGACUGCGAGAUCGCCCUGAUCAUCUUCAACAGCACCAACAAGCUGUUCCAGUAUGCCAGUACCGACAUGGACAAGGUUCUGCUCAAGUACACCGAGUACAACGAGCCACACGAGAGUCGUACCAACAGCGACAUUGUUGAGAAAUUGCGCCACCAACGCCUGGAUGGCGGCAGUCAGGCACUGAGCAAGAAGGAACACAAGAAUUCCACAAAUGGUUGCGACAGCCCAGAGCCGGAUGCUGACCAGUACUCACUGACAACCCGGCCAGAAGCCAAGUACAGCAAAAUCAAUGAGGAGUUUGAAUUGAUGAUGCAGCGCAGUGCUCAACUGAAUGGGUCUCGAGGCCAGCCUUCCAUGAGCCAAGGCAUGAGCUCCCUCGCUGGCUAUGCGUCCCAGGAGGGUCUUAUGCAGCCUUCUCCCCAGAUGACUCACUCUAGUGUCAGCCCCCGCCCGAGCUCUUCAGGGGGUGCCUUGCUGGACAUGAAUGGUGUGAGCUCCAAUGGUUACCACCGGUCAACGUCCCCAUCAGCCAACUUGGCCAGCUGCAGUUCCCCUGCAGGCAAAGGUUCCAAGGGGGCCUCACCCAGCCGCUCAUCUUCUUCCGCUGCUGGACUGCGUGUCGUCCUCCCAGGAUCUCCUUCCCCCACAGGACAGCUGCAUGACCCCUCACACUUGUUCCUCCAGCAGUCAAUGGUUCGGACAUCCAAUGCUUCGCUCACAACCCCAGUUGUCUCAGUGACGGGGCCAGGGAUGCCUGGCAUGUCAGCGUAUCCGUCCUCUCUAGCAGCUGGCUUUCCUCCAUGCUUCCUGUUGCCUCCCACACUUGCAGCGGACUUCCAGCUAAACCCUGAACUUGGCCUUGCGGGUUUCAACUCUCCAGGGCUGAUGCAUAACUGGUCUACUCAAGGUCCCCUGGCCAAUGCUGCUGUGCCUUCUGGGGCCAUGCAGGCUCACUCCAGUGGGAGCCCCAGUGUUCUUGGCAGCCACUUGUCUCUAGGAAAUGCAACACCGCCACCUGCAUCAUCUCCCUUGCCCAUCCGGAUCAAAAGCGAACCCAUUUCACCACCGCGCGGUGGCGGAGGCGGAGAUGGUCUGCACGGGGGAGGCAGCAAUGCUCGACCCCCAUCGGGCCACUUGUCACCUCCUGGGCAGCCCCCACUGACCCCUUCCACAUCUUCCUCGCCGGACCCGACAGGCGACUACGAUGGUGCUAAGCGCCCACGCCUCUCGGCCGACGGCUGGCCGACCUUAUCAAAGAGACCCUCUCUGUGAAGAUCGCGAAGAAUGAUGCUGGUCGUUGUGUUCCUUGCGUCAUCUGCAUAUACUGACCAGCCUCGCCGAUGAUAGUCAGAUUAUAGAUCAAAAGAUAAGUAGGAGUGAAGUUCAAAGAAGCAUGCCCCCUGAUUGACCUAGGAGUGAAACUAAUCAAAAUUCUGCGAAAGUGCAAUAAAGUUCUUACCUUUUCUUUCUCAAGCUUUCUUUGUUUCUCUUGGGCUUUCUGGCCUUAUUCUUUAAAUUCCCCCCUACACUGUGCCUUUUUUUUUUUUCAUGAUGUCGCUGUCUGUGCAAUGAAUUAUUUGUUCGCUGCUUGCCAACGUAAUGCCACUACUUACGGGUCUCACUGGCUCGCAGAGUCACACAAUGCAGAAUCGCUCGUGAACCUGAUUGUGAAGGUCCUGCUCAAGUUGCUUUGUAAUUUUCCAUACAGGGGGGGAUGUCAUUAUGAAAACAGGCAAAGCUUUUUCUUUUUUGCUGUUGCGAUGCUUGCUCUCGUAUCCUUAUGAGAAAUUCUUUAAGUAUUCGGAGUCAGUAAGUGACAGACGCCUUUAUUCGCACUACAUUAAACGGUCUGGAGCAUCCAGUCAGCUUUGUGCCUGUUGUGCACUUUGUGCUUGCUUGCCUGUAUUGCUGAAAGUGACAGGCUGGUCUAGCAUAUCGCAUGCACGUAUCAGGUUCAGUUUGCUUUGGAAAAUGUUGCCGCAAGGUUGAACUGAAGUGAGCGUUAUGACAUCUAGGCCUUCCAUUUGGCAUAGCAAUGCAGUAGUCCCAACUGAAAAUGUGAAGCAUUUAAUGCAGCUUUUGAUAGUCAGUCCUAAAAGCACAUUUAUUAUAUAGAUAUAUCAAUUCAGCAACCAUAAAGCCAGAUUAUUUAAAAGAAUGUUAAGUAGGUAAUAUAUUUUCCUUGUUGGCACUGGCCUAUGCUGAACAGAAUAUGCAACCAGUGUUGCAUAGAGUCACUAUUGUUACUUUAUUUCUUCUUUUUAUCAAAAUUGUGGGCCCUAAUACAACUUUCUUUUGGCAGGGUUUUUUGCAUCCAUUAGUAAAAGGGCUAAACUGACUUAGAGGCUGGAAACUCUUUGGAAAAUAUUCAUGUUGAUAAUUUAUUUAUUAGAAAAACUGUGCAUAACAUAUUUUCUUUAGAGUUGCUCUUAAGGUAAUCGUCUGGUGAUGUAAAUGCAGAAAAAAUAGUGAACUACAUGUGAAAGGUCACUUUAGGUUUGAGCAAAAUGGCUUGGCAUGUAUCCAUUGUUGAUGUGCUCUUAAAUGCGCGCUUACCUAUGUGUGCAUUUAAAUGUGCAGAUGCAUGCUCAAAUGUAGUAUUAUCUAUUAUAAAAAUUUCCACGGCGAUGAGUGGUGUACAACAUCGUAGUGACCCUCAAAUUUCUGUUUAACACUUCGCUUCAGGUUUUUCCUGUUGCAGCUUUGCAUGUGUUCAAUAAAUAGUCCUUUUAGACUUAUUGUGCGGAAUUUGGCUUUCUCUGGCAGCUGUCGACAAGCACAGGAUGUGUAAUGAAACGUCUCUGGUGUCAUAGUGUGUCAGGCCGAUGUUGUGGUGUCAGGGUCUGUAUGCAAGAGCAAAAAAAAAAAAAGGCUUUUUAUGAAAGUUACAGUUGUUUUUACAUGCCUGAAAAAUUGUCUGCUUGUCAUUUUAGACACAGGGGAACAUGGUCCGGCUUAAAUUUCGGAAUGUUGAUGGUUCUGUCAGCGGAACCCCUUAAGGUGUCUUAUUAAUUUGCAGCUAAGCUGCCCCGCCUUUAAGUCAAAAUCUGGUCAAAAUAGGGGUACAGCCAAAGUUUCAGAGUGACAUGUAGUGAUAGUGUAAUACAUCAAAGUUUAAAAUAUUGGAGCUUAAAGAGGAGCCCUAAUCAGUUGUUGAAACAUUGAAUGGUACUUUCCUUGUCACCUUGUCCUGACAUCUUGAAGCAUAUCUUGGCGUCUCGAGUCUGCAAGCUAUUUCCGACAUUAUUAAAGGCAUUGUUACUGCUUAUCAAAGCCUCUAUUAAAGUGUAGCUACAGCUUCUCAGAGUCAAAGGUUUUCGUUUUAUUAUUUUUUUUUAAGUUACAGAAGUUGCAGACUGGUCAGCCAGAAAUGUGAACACAGUUGCUACGACGAUUUUUCAGUCACUUGUUGAUGUUGGAGUGUAUUAUAUGCAUCAUUAUUUUGAAUUAUGUGGCCACUGCAGAGAUUGUUAGCAAGUACUAAACGAGCGGGUGUACAAUACGUGAGUGGAAUGAAGCUUACUUAUUUCGCAGAUGGUAUACCAGCUGCGUAUAAAAUGGCGCAAGUGUUUUUGCUAAUAGAUUUUAUAUGAAGGGGGAGAGUGAAACUCAUGCCAGCCUCUUCCCUUGAAAAUGUUUUUUUUUUCUCUCUCUCAAAUACCAGUAUUUCUUUUUUGUAUGCAUGUGUCUCGCCCCUUUUUUUUCUCCCCAUCUUUGUAUGUUGUUUUAUUUUUUUAUAUAUAUUUUUUUCAAUGGCCUGAACGCACACUGUGUCGGUUGUUAAUGGAGAGAACUUGAAAGACGCUAACAGUGUGUGUUUUUGCCUGGUGGUCAGUCGACAUCAUCAAAAGGACGACACACUUCACGCGAUGCAGGUUGUUGUGUACUAUUUUUAUCUGCCUCGGAAAAAAAAAAGAUUGAAAGGAAUAAAUGCGGUUCAUUAAUGGCCUGA